AUUUCCCAUUUUCCUAUUUUCUCCUCUCUCUCUCUCUCUCUCUCUCUCUCUCUCUCUCUCUCGUUUGCCCUAAACUCUACUAAAGCCCGGGUCCUCUGCAGUCCAUUGUUCAACCCUACUUUGAGACACUGCUUCAUUCAUUCACUCUCCGAUUCCUUUGCUCUUAUUGCCCCAUUUCUAUCUCUGCUUCUUGAUUAGGUUGAUCGGAACAUUCUCCCCUUCAAUCUACACAAGCUAAAAUCAAAAAAUAAAUAAAACCCACAUUAUUGGCAUUGAUUGUUUACCAUUUGAUGAGAAUCUGAGACUGGUUGACCUUUAGAGUGAGGGACGGAGGGAGAGGCAGAGUCAGAGAGAUAGAAAGGGGGAUAGAGAUUAAAGGUCUGGCAAUGGCACCCAGUUUUGACUCUGCAGUUUCAAGCCUUCUCUGCGCAGAAGACAACAAUAGCAUUUUCGAUAAUGGGGAUGAGGAGUUUGCAUCCGUUUCGCAUCAUCGAAAUCAUCGAACCCAUGAUCAAGACCAGAGCUUUAACUUAGUGUUGCCGGUGCAGAGUGACGAAUGCUUGGCUUUGAUGGUUGAGAGGGAAUGCCAACAUUUGCCUGUUGGUGAUUAUUUGAACAGAUUGAGAAGUGGGGUUCUGGACUUGGGGGCCAGAAUGGAGGCUGUUGACUGGAUUGGAAAGGUUCAUGCGCAUUUCAGUUUUGGACCUCUCUGCGCAUAUCUAUCCAUUAACUACUUGGAUCGAUUCCUUUCUGCCUAUGAAUUACCUAAGGGCAAAGCUUGGAUGAUGCAGUUAUUGGCUGUAGCUUGUUUAUCCCUUGCAGCCAAAAUGGAGGAGACUGAAGUUCCUCUGUCUCUAGAUUUACAGGUAGGUGAGUCUAAAUUUGUAUUUGAAGCUAGAACUAUACAGAGAAUGGAGCUUCUGGUGUUGAGCACUUUGAAGUGGAGAAUGCAAGUAGUUAACCCUUUCUCUUUCUUGGAUUAUUUUCUCCAUAAAUUCAAUGGUGAUGAAAAACCACCUAGGUCUGCAAUCGUCCGAUCAAUCCAACUCAUAUUAAGUACAAUCAAAGGAAUUGACUUCUUGGAGUUCAGACCUUCUGAGGUUGCAGCGGCAGUGGCAAUGUCUGUUGUGGAAGAAACCCAAACAGUAGACAUUGAAGCAGCAAGUUCUUUUCUCCCACAUGUAGAAAAGGAGAGAGUGCUGAGGUGUGUUAGAAUGAUCCAUGAUUUGUCACUGAUUGGUGGGUCUGUUAAGGGUUCAAUGGCUUCAAUCUCAUCUGUACCCCGAAGUCCCAUCGGGGUGCUGGAUGCUGCGUGCUUGAGCUACAAAAGUGAUGAUACAACAGUUGUGUCAUGUGCAAAUUCCCCUCAUAGUUGCCCGGACAGCAAAAGAAGGAAGCUAAACAGACCCUGGGAAAUUUGAGGGAUGAGGGGCAUUUGCCCCCAUCACACCAUCAGCUUUAUUUGCUUGAGUGGAAGAUAAGACGUAGUUAUAUAUGAAGAUGCCCCAGAAGAAAACUCAAAAAGAAGAAAAGAAAUGGGUGCUUGGAAGAUUUUAAUUAAAAAAAAAAAAGAAAGGAAAGAGAAAAGGUGUAAAAAGAAGAGUUCAAUAAGGUGGGUCAUGGGUGGGAGAUGAAGGAGUCAGCAUGUUUCAUGCUCUUGGCAUGGAAGAUGGUCACCAGCUGUUAAAUUUUGGAAUUCACAACAGCUAUAGACAAGGAAUGGCAGAUGAAAAAUGAGGAGAAAUUACAAUCUGCAGUGCUUGUGAGACUCAGUUUGAUUAGGCUUGGAGCUUUCUUUUGGUAGAACUGAAAAGAAGAGGGAGCAUCAGCAGCAGGAUUUGUGGGAUUUGUUUUAUUUUAAUUAUUAUUAAUUUUUUUUUUUGAAAUUUAAGAGAAAAAAGCAAGUUCCUUUGGGGUAGAAAAAUGGUGAAACCAAGACAGCAAAAAGAACAAAAAAGAAGAAGAAGAAGAAGAAGAAGAGAGAUUUGGAGUUCUUUUAGUCUUUAUUAUACUUGAAUUUUAUAUGGAGGAUCAGUUUUUUCAUGAUACAA